GAUGUGAGGGAUUAUGGCUGUGUUUGGAAUGUGGCCUAGAGGUGAAAGUCUCUGAGCAGCCAUGGACAGAUUUGUGUUCGAGCAAGAGAGAAAGGUAUUGCGAGACUGAACUUGUAGAGCCGUGCAGACGUUACCGUCUGUUAGACCCCAAGCAGUCAGAUACAGAGUUGAUUCCAUGAGAAUUAAGACGUUUCAAGCAGGAAAAAUUGUUUACCUUGUCUUGUCUUUUUUGAAUGGGACUUUUGGAGGCGGAGAGUAGGGUGGCAAAAUACGAUAGGCCGAGCGAGAGAGGAGAGGCAAAGCUUGUAGACGGAAAGCAGGAGAAGCAGAAGAGGGAGGAACAGAGACGCAGCCUGCGGCAGAGGAGGAGGACAGCCGAGUUGGGACUCAGCAGGUGGUGUCACCUGAGCGGCACGGGCGGGCUGGGAAAAAGUGGGAGGAGGUUGGAAGAGCCAGGAAUGAGGACAGACCGGUUUCCUGCACUUCUGCAGGACUGUUCUAAGCUUAGGUUCUGUAUAGCAGAUUUUGAUUCAGCCUUAAUCAAGGGAACACCAUGGAUUAAGAACCUUAACGCUGCAUCUUCUGUGGGCUGCAUACCUGAGAAGGAGUACUGUAAUGAAGAGGCUGCAGCAGAAUGCCCUGUGGUGGACCUGCGAAGGUCUACCCUUGGGGUGCGACACGUUGGCAACAGCAGGAAAACUGUGAGCAUGUAUGGCUCCUUGGAUGAACCUCAGAAACAACGAAUUACGACAGUGGGUCAUGAACAUAGGUCACAGAGACCUCACAGUGUGUGCAUGCUGUCUGCCUCUCAGUCAAGCAGUGUGCUAGUAACUAAUUCCUCCUCAGCUAAAACGGGUAAACGUGACCAGCUUCAACAGCAUAGAUGUAGGAGAGCAAUUGAUGGCCUCAAGCAAGACAUGCCUCCGUCUUUUCGGUUACCCCCAUACCCGCAACAGGAGGUCCUACAGCGCCGACCCCUACAAACAACUGGAAGACCUCGGCCUGUCAGCAUGACCGUUUUAGAACUUAAGGAGAACUUUAGUAAAUCACAAGAUGAACUGGCUAAUCGCACUUCCAGUGAUGCCGCAAGCCUGCCACGCUCUGGUUUUCGAUGGAGGCUCUUUGGCCGACCGGCUCAGGAUAAAGAGUUGACUUCCAUGCCAGGACAGACAAGCAGCAAACCAGAGAAGCCAAAGAAACGGUUUAGCUCUUUACGAAGGAGCCUAAGCCUUAGACUCAAGCGGAAUUGUAAUCAAACAGAGCACAAUUCUGUACGAGAAAGAACAUGGACAGCAAGUGCGAAAGAAGAUGUGACCCGGUCCAACCAGCCAUUCUCUUAUCUGACUGGCAGGACAUUGUCUCCUGCUUAUGAAGGAGACAAUGAGGACCAGAGAGGCAAGAAGUUAAUUGAGUUCCAAACCAGAGGGAAAGUCUCGGUUAUCGAGGUCCCCUUAGCCCCACCUAAACUCACCAAGCCCCCCAAACCGACGUCUUUAGAGCCGAAUUUUUGGCAACUCUUCACUAGACGCUUCAAGAGAAAAGGCAACAAAUCUGAGACCUGUGCUGAAAGCCAACUACCUGGCAGUGAUCCCCCAGCCUGGAAUAAAAACCCACAGCCAGUUACCAUAGAGACACUAAAGGGCAUUGAUUUCAGCAAAGGUCGAGAUUCCUUCGUGAACAGUCAGGAGUGGACAUUGAGUAGAUCAGUUCCAGAGCUCAAAGUGGGCAUUGUGGGUAACCUGUCCAGCGGGAAGUCUGCCCUUGUGCACCGGUACCUGACAGGAACAUAUGUUCAGGAGGAGUCUCCAGAGGGAGGAAGGUUUAAAAAGGAGAUUGUGGUAGAUGGACAAAGCUAUCUGCUGCUAAUCCGAGACGAGGGAGGACCCCCUGAGCUUCAGUUUGCUGCCUGGGUGGACGCCGUGGUGUUUGUCUUCAGCUUGGAGGAUGAGAUCAGUUUCCAGACGGUUUAUAACUACUUCCUGCGCCUGUCCAGCUACAGGAACACGGCCGAGGUGCCCAUGGUGCUGGUGGGAACGCAGGAUGCCAUCAGUGCCACCAAUCCACGAGUAAUCGACGACGCCCGAGCCCGGAAGCUCUCUAACGACUUGAAGCGGUCCACCUACUACGAGACCUGCUCUACUUAUGGCCUCAAUGUGGAGAGAGUCUUCCAGGAUGUCGCUCAGAAAGUGGUGGCACUGAGGAAGAAGCAGCAGUUGGCCAUCGGGCCGUGCAAAUCCCUGCCAAACUCGCCUAGCCACACGUCUGUCCCCGCCGCUGCCAUCCCCUCCGUACACCUCAACCAGGCUGCUAACGGAGGGGGUGCACCAUUCAGUGACUACUCCUCCUCAGUGCCCUCCACCCCCAGCAUGGGGCAGCGGGAGAUGCGCAUCGAGACCAUCGCUGCCUCAAACACGCCCACGCCCAUCCGCAAGCAGUCCAAACGCCGCUCCAACAUCUUCACAUCGCGGAAAGCCAGUGAGCAGGCAAAGAGCGCUGAGUGUAAAACAGACAGCAUAGGCAGUGGGAGGGCCAUUCCCAUCAAACAGGGCAUUCUGCUAAAGAGGAGCGGCAAGUCGCUAAAUAAAGAGUGGAAAAAGAAGUAUGUGACGUUGUGCGACAACGGCGUCCUCACCUAUCAUCCUAGCUUACACGAUUACAUGCAGAACGUUCACGGGAAAGAGAUCGAUUUGCUCCGGACGACGGUCAAAGUCCCGGGGAAAAGGCCGCCCCGGGCGGUGGCUACAGUAGCACCGAAUGCUAGCCCCAAAAGCAACGGAUUAACCAAGGACAGGAGCACACUGCAGCUCGGCAUCGGAGCCACAGGCGCUUCGCACUCGAACAGCAGCACCUCUCUGCAAUCUGGAGGCGUGGCCUCAGGACUGGGUGUGGCCUCUGUGGGCGGGGCUAAAGAGGGAAUGCAUCAGCGCUCUUUCUCUGUGUCCAGUGCUGAGCAGUGGAAUGAAGCAGUUAACACGAGCUGUGCUUCAGCCAACGGGACUUUGGAUUCUCUCAGCGCCGCUUCUGGCCUAAGCGGACCUACAAGUCCCAAACUGGAACCACCUCCUUCGCCACAUGCUAACCGCAAAAAGCACAGGAGGAAAAAGAGUACAGGCAUUACCAAACCAGAUGGGCUAUCUGCAGGGAAUGAAGAGCAAGAAGAGUCGUUUGAGUUUGUCAUCGUGUCACUGACUGGACAGAUGUGGCAUUUCGAAGCAUCAGCCUAUGAGGAAAGAGAGCUCUGGGUCCAAGCCAUCGAGAGUCAGAUAUUUGCCAGCUUGCAGUCAUGUGAAAGUAGCAAGAAUAAGUCACGAUUAGGGAGCCAGAGCGACGCCAUGACCAUCCAGUCCAUCAGGAACGUGAGAGGAAACAGUUUCUGUGUGGACUGCGACUCCCCCAAUCCAGACUGGGCGAGUCUGAACCUUGGUGCUCUAAUCUGUAUCGAGUGCUCAGGGAUCCAUCGGCACCUGGGAACUCACCUGUCACGUGUGCGCUCGCUGGACCUGGACGACUGGCCUGUGGAGCUGAGCAUGGUGAUGACUGCUAUCGGAAACGCGAUGGCCAACAGCGUGUGGGAGGGAGCACUGGAGGGAUAUACCAAACCUGGAGCUGAUAGCACCAGGGAAGAGAAGGAGCGCUGGAUCAGGGCAAAGUAUGAGCAGAAGGUCUUCCUUCUGGGCCUGCCUCAGUCAGACGUGCCCCUGGGGCAGCAACUCCUGCGGGCUGUGGUGGAAGACGACUUGAGGAUGGUGGUGCUGCUGCUGGCUCACGGCACUAAGGAUGAGGUGAACGAGACGUACGGUGACGGGGACGGUCGCACGGCUUUGCACCUCUCCUGCGCCAUGGCCAACGUGGUCAUUACACAGCUGCUAAUCUGGUACGGUGUGGACGUGAAGAGUCGCGACGCCCGCGCUCAGACGCCACUGUUCUUUGCCCGGCGAGCAGGAAGUCAGGAAUGUGUCGACAUCCUCAUCCAACAUGGCUGCCCUUCAGAUUCCGGUGGCACGUCGACGCCGACUAACACGCGGCACAAUCCCAACGCCAACCCCAACGCCAACAACAACAACGGACAAUGCGAGAUAAACCGCAGCAUUAGCAUCAUGUAGAUCCCAAAACACGCCGUGCUGUAAGCCUUCAGUGUCCCAGUGCCAUGAUACUGUGACUUCCUUUUCCCUGCCUUUAGCCAUUUCCACAGGAAACUCCACUGUAUGUCGUGUCGCCGUUCACGUUAGCGUCGUAAAAUCUUCCUGUUGCUCCAUUGUGUCGAGUCAGUGUGUAAAUCUGUACGUGCCAGGUUUAAAACCCAAUAUCCAAAAAAACUAUUGCUAUAUUAUGUGGACGCGCUGCACUAUAACACUGUUAACGUAGGAGAAACGUGUAAAUCCCGUAAAGGGUUAGGACUAGGAUAAGGCUUUUAUUUUUUUUUGGUUCAAAUUUGAACAUUUUGCUUUGGUGAGAAUGUAUUUUUUUUUUAUUCGAUUUUAAAGACUGAAGAAGAAAAAAAAAGAGAAAACAGUCUGUAUACUGAUUACCGGAAGCUUUGAACCUGUUGUAUUGUAGAAUUUAAUAAGCUGCAGGUCAUUGGAUGUAAUUUUCGGUCUUAAGCAUUCAAGCACGUCAAAGAAUUUUCUCAGCUUUUUCAUCAAAGCAGGUAGCCGCCUAAGAAUACCUCUUCAGUCGAGGCUAAAGGACAUGAUUACACCGAGCGGAGAAUAAUACGUUCGUUAUCAGGGCUUUGUGAGAGCGAUUGGAGGAGGACGCUGAAGUGGUCUUCUGACUCUUUGACACUGGGGUCUACAUACACGUUUUUAUAUAUAUAUAUAUAUAUAUAUAUAUAUAUAUAUAUAUAUAUAUAUAUAUAUAUAUAUAUAUAUCGAAUGAAAGAUCUGUUAAGUGACCUACGUUUUGCUGUGAAUGUGUGUGUGCUUAGAAGAUGCUCAUUUACCUCCUCCCUACUUGAUUAUGCAUUGACGAGGACAUUUUCCAUUUUGUACUGAUGUAGGAUAACAGGAUUCCGGACGGUACGACGGUUUACGUACAUAAUUGUGUAUAUAGUAGCUUCUAUUUCCCUCUGACUGCCUCAUCCAACCAUUUAGGUGCUAAACAAAAAAUAAAAAAUAUAAUAAUAAAAAAGCUUGACCAACGUUGUUGCCUCUCUAGUGACUCUUAACGGAAUGGAAGCUAUCGCUGGUAAGGAUACUAGCAUGGUUUCGAGUUCCUGAUUACCUGAUUAGCCAUGCUAGCUUUUUUUUUUUUUUUUUUUUUUUUUAAAAAAACAUGAACUGAUAAAAACAACACUUUGAUUCAUCUCAUGUCAUGUUAACGAGCUACGAGGGAAGGAACUAACACAUCAGAGAAUAAGUCAUGAGAAAAUGUUCUUUUUAUUUAUUUCUUUUUAUGCCGUGCAGUAUUUUAUGUUUGGAGAGCGUUUGUUUGUAUCUGUAGCUUUUCCACUCGUACUUUAACAAUCCUUUGAAAGAAUAAGUUACGUCAUUCUGUACAUCAUUUUUAAACAUUACGAGUUAACGUCGAUUCCUUUCGAGUUGUACGUCCGCAAAGGUGCCAACGUUUAUAGUUUCCGAGCCGUUCAUACCAGGAUUAAUUCAAAUUUCCAGCCUAAAUACAUCUCAGAACACCACAGUGCCCUAAAACCAACCACUGGACCUUCUCAGUUCACCAUAGUGCGCAGGCAUUUCUUUCGUUCGUCUUUUUAUCAGUCGUCGCCUCGUCUCUGUGAUCCCUCUUUACCCUCUACCCGUCUUUUGCGAUAAAUCUUAAAACUGGAAUGCUUCUGCACCUCUUAGGUGCUGGUUUGACUUUUGUCUUGUUGCAAAAGCCAAAGAUUUUGUCAAAAAGGGAUCGUUGAAGCCAAGGAGCCCCAAAAAACCCUACGGAUUUGUUCUUUUCCUCCGUGAUAUUGUUCCAAAAACUUGCCCGACUUUGUUUAGAGAAAAAACAUGCGACUGGCACAAGACUGUUGGUAGAAAAGUCAAUUCACCAAAAGGAAAUGGCCACACGUUUACUCCUGCUAGAGAAUAAAUUCACUGCUCAUGUUACACAUCUGCUAUGAGGUCAGAGAAAGUGGGUGGGGCUAUGAGCUAUUUGUUUAAAUAAAUAAAUAAAUAAAUGGAGGAGCUGCUUGUAAAAAUUGUAAUCAUCACACCACAAUUUUGCCUUAUUGUUUAUCUUUUUUCUCGUUGCCUUCUAGCAUUUUCUUGCUAGUAACGUUGGCACCUCUGCGUCAGACCUUCAUCUGAAAAAAUUAGUCUUUAAAGUUUUCUGUGUAUUUGAUUGGUUCUGCUGUGUGCUGAUUGGCUUGAGAGCUGGUGCACCGAACGGAAGGCGCUGAACUGACUAAACUUCCAGAAUUACACGCGCACUUCUCUUUUUUUUUUUCCUCCUACAAGAGAGCAUUUUAGCCCUCUUUCAGUUUCCUUUUUUUUUUUCCUUCAGUACCGUACAUUGGUCUCGAUGUGUCUGUCAUUGCAUUGCCUGACCAUCAGAGGUACAUUUUGUGUAUAAUGAUGUACAUUUGACAUAUUUAUAAAAAAAAUGUAAAAAAAAAUUAAAAAAAAAAAAAAAUACGUCGGAUGUAAAUAUUGUUGUUUUUUUUUUUUUUUUUUUCGCUUUUAUUAAGCGGUUUGUCCAUUUUGUUUGUUUAAUUUUUCUUCCCUUUUCAAGUUUUCCAUUAUUUUUACAUAAUGAAGUGACUUCAUGAGCGUGAGCUCGGAUGCUUGGCUGACUAUUGACAUAAUAAACACUCGAAUAAAAAUGAUUUAUACUGUA